AUACCUCCUGCAACAUGUAUGCUGGUAAUUGCAGUUUCUGUGGUGUGAAAACUUGAACUUUGUUUUUUUAUUAUUUAUUUGAGUACUUGUGAAUAUUUGUUAUGGGUCAAGGAUGGAAAAUGUUACCCUUGAUAGUAUUCCUACUACUCUGGAGGACUGCUGAUGGACUUAAAAGGGGUGUUUAUUCAAAUUCUGACAUCUCGGAGGCCCACGUGACUGAGACUCUGCCUGUUGGAGAAGUGGGCUCCACUUUGUUUCCUCAAAAAUCCUUUAGAAGCAGGUCAAAGUUGAAUCUACUCCAGUUUGUCAAAGGUGGUUCUAGUAGCGAUCAGUCAGUAUCCCAUGACCGGACUGCUCCAAGCAGCUAUGCUUCGGCUUCCUUACCUCCGCCCCUAGUUCAACGGCCUUCAAGCAGUUUGAUGUCUGGAUCAACCGUUCCAGGUGUCGCUAGUCAAUUAAAUUUGGGAACCCAGUAUGCUGCAAGAGAUUCUGGAUUUCCGAUAUAUAGAGGGAGUAGCUACCCUGCUGUGCCUGGUAUUUCUGGCCACUCCAACCGUGAUACUUUGCAGGUGGCCAGCUCCAAGGGAAUCUUAAUGCUUCAAUCAGCAGAAGCCCCUUUGCCAGUGUUCUCUCAGAGUACCUCUUACAGCAGUUCAUCUGCUCCAGGUGCUGCUUCCACUUCUCAAAGUACCCCUGUACUGCAUUCAGAAAGCUCAGGUCAACCUUUGUACCCUCAGGGUGAAGGUAGUUUGUCUAAAUGGGCCUCUACUCCGUAUACCUCAGACUCCAGUACAAAGCUCAGUUCAACCAUUUCUCACCUAUCCUCUGGUAAACAAAGCACCCCGAGUUGGUUUAAUUCCAGAUCUCCAGGAGUUUCUGGCACAUUUUUAUCUUCUGGUUCGGUCCAUUCUAUACCUACACAAGUUGGAAGUUACAGUGGCGUGUCCCAGUCUCUCACUCCCUCUAGUCAGUAUACUCCAGGAUCUUUAAUGUCUAACAAGCUUGAUGCUAGCCGGUCCACAAAUUCUCAAAGUUCACCUAUUGUUUCUACAUCAAACACCCAGAGCAGGUCUAGCAUGCCGUUAGUGACUUCUAGUCAUGUCCCUGUACAAGGCAGUAGUAGCUCUACCAGGUUAUCUCUUAAGCCUCCAGGCACUCUGGGUGAGUAUACUCCAAUAUCCCCUACCAAAUAUAUAAGCGGUCCCACAAGUAGCAGGACUUCCCAUAGUGCAGUUUCACCGGUUGGCUCUCUGUCUCAAAUGGAAUCUUCUGGUGUAUUUCCAUCACGUGGAGGGAACUAUUACAGUGGGUUGCUUCCACCGUCUCAAGCUAACUCUGGGAAAUAUGCUCUUGGCUACUCAUUUCUUUCUAAGCCCAUUUCUUCACCCCAAAGCACUUCCAGUCAGUCUGCUAGUGUCUCAAAUUCCCGUAAACCAUAUAUCUCUGCAUUCCAGGAUACCACUGGGGCUCAGUUUGGGGCCUGGCAGGGAAUGAGCAGCCCUUCCAGUGGUUCUGUCCCGUCUUCAGUUUCCUCAAGUGUAUAUUGCAAGUGUGCAUUGUCGCCCCUAGAUGUAGACAGUCAGACUACUACAGUUCACCAUUCAAGUGAGCAUUUUGCCUCUAACUCUGACACCCAGUCAGAGUCGUCUACCCCCUUCACCCUGCAAGGAAGUAUCACUUAUGAUGGACCCCCACAGCAGAAAGCUAUUGCAAGUCAGUUUGCCCCUGUGUCCCACUCCUUUUCAAGUGCAUCAUCCCAAUCUUCUACUGUUCAGGAUUUACAAGAGCCGCUUCCAUCUACUGACACGGGCAGUUCUGGCACCCAGGCUGGGUCCUCCACUCCCUUUACCCUGCAACACACCAUUUCUGAUGGAUCACCUCAGCCUCAACAUACUAGCCAGUUUAGCCCUGGGUUGCCAUCCUAUCCAAGUUUAUCAUUCGCAUCACCCCUAGGUGUUGCUAGUCAAUCUGCUUCAAAGAGCCAGUUUACCUCUGCCUCCCGGGGCAGCUCGAUGGCUCCGCUUGGGGCCUCUGCUCUCUUUGCACCAGGAAGCACGAGUAGCCGUUACAGUGGUUCUGUCCAGUCUCAAGAUGCUGCAAGUCAGUUUGCCCCUGGAUCGAAACCCUCCUACACAAGUUUAUCAGUGUCCUUCCCCAAAGCUGAUUCUGGUCCUUCACUUCAGAGUUCACGGAAACCGUUUACCUCUACCUUCACAGGCAGCUCUGGCACUCAGGCAGGGUCCUCGACUCCCUUCACCCUGCUUCACACUGCUUCAAGUGGAUCAUCUCCACCUCAAAAUAAUGCUAACCAGUUUAGCCCUGGGUGGCCAUCCUCGUAUCACGGUGUGUCCUCAUCCCUAGGUGUUGCCAGUCCAUCUAGUUUACGGAAGACAUUUACCUCUACCUUCACAGGCAGCUCUGGCACCCAGGCUGGAUCCUCUUUUACACUGCAGGGAAGCAGUGCUUCUGGUGGAUCAUCUACACAAGGUGCAACAGGUCAAUUUGUCCCUGGGUCUUCAUCUGCAAGUGUGUCGUCCUCGCCACAAAGUGUAGGCAGUCAGUCCAGCCAACCACAACGGGGCUCUUCUGUGUCCCAAAGAUGGCAGCCUUCAUCCACUCAUUGGACACAAGGUGUUCCAACUUCAGAUGCUGGUGCUCCACUGGGUAGCUCUUCAUCUCCAAGCUCUCCAAUACAGUUCUCUUCCCAGUCAUCCGCAGGAGGCUCCACUUCAAGAGUUUCUAGUCUGUCUGUUUCUGCAUCGCGUGGGAGCACCAGUCAUGAUGGCUCUUUCCAGUCACAAAGCUCUUCUACAAAGUAUACCACUGGAUCCCAGGUCUUGCCCUAUGAUCCAAGUGUUGCUGCUCAAGGUACAUCCAGUGUUUUUGCUUCUGAGGUCUUAAGUGGGUCCAGUUCACUGAACAACCAGAAUGCUCCUGCUCCAUCCCGCAGCUCUUCCUCAAGACGUGUCUACUCUGUCAAGGGCUGAGAGACUCCAGUAAUCUGCAUAAUGCAAAUGUCUUCCAGAUCUGAAACUCCAAUAAAUGGUUUAAGCAAAGUA